AAUGCCAGGUGCAGUUUCCGAGUUUAUAGACGAUAUUGAAGAUUUAAUAUCUUCACAGGAUAUAACACCUAAAGAAAGGUACGCGAGUAGAAAAAAUGUAAGCGUAAGAUCAAAGAAACGGGAAAAUAAGGAAGUAGAAUCCGCUGAGAAGAUUAUUUUGGAAAGUGUUGUGCCAGGUACCCAAACAAUAUACGUUAAAACAUGGGGCUGCGCACAUAACAACUCAGAUUCAGAGUACAUGGCUGGUUUGUUAGCAGCUCAGGGCUACAAGCUCACAGAAGAUAAGUGGCAAGCACAAUUGUGGUUGCUAAAUUCUUGCACUGUUAAAAGUCCCGCCGAAGAUCAUUUCAAAAAUGAAAUAGAGCUGGGUCAAAGUCGUGGUAUACAUGUGGUCGUCGCUGGCUGUGUGCCGCAGGGGGCGCCACGUGCUACAUACUUGCAAGGACUGAGUGUAGUCGGAGUUCAACAAAUUGAUAGAAUUGUUGAAAUUGUAGAGGAAACAUUAAAAGGGCACACAGUCCGUCUCUUUGGUCAGAAGAAAACUGGAGAAGGUCGAAAAGCGGGAGGUGCUUCUCUUCUUUUACCAAAAGUUAGAAAAAAUCCUCUUAUAGAGAUUAUACCCAUCAACACAGGAUGCUUAAAUCAAUGCACAUAUUGCAAAACUAAGCAUGCAAGGGGUGAACUCGGUAGUUACCCUCCGGAGGAAAUAGUUGAGAGGGCACGACAAUCUUUCAAAGAGGGUGUUUGUGAAAUAUGGCUCACUAGCGAAGAUACUGGAACAUAUGGACGCGACAUUGGCACAACACUCCCUGAGUUACUCUGGAAACUGGUAGAGGUUAUCCCAGAGGGUUGCAGGCUGCGUCUGGGCAUGACUAAUCCACCAUACAUCCUGGAACAUCUUGCAGAAGUUGCCGAGAUCAUGCAUCAUCCAAGAGUAUACAAGUUCCUCCACGUUCCAGUUCAGUCUGGAAGCGACCAAGUACUAUCAGACAUGAAGCGAGAGUACACGAGGGCGGAUUUCGAGAGGGUCGUCAAUUUCCUCAGAAAUAAGGUACCAGGGAUGACAAUUGCUACAGAUAUUAUCUGUGGAUUCCCGACGGAAACUGAAGAGGAUUUCAAUGAUACUAUGACUCUAUGCAAGAAAUACAGAUUCCCUUCGCUGUUCAUAAAUCAAUUCUUCCCCAGACCGGGGACACCGGCCGCUAAGAUGCAGAGGGUACCAGGACAAGAAGUGAAAAAACGUACAAAGGAACUCUCCGAAUUUUUCCGAUCGUACGAACCGUACGGUCACAAAGUAGGCCAGGUACAAGAAGUACUGGUCACCGAUAUAUCUCACGAUAAAAACUACUACGUCGCCCACAAUGAGUUCUACGAACAGGUUUUAGUACCCAAAGAAGAUAAAUACAUGGGCAAAAUGGUCACCGUCAAAAUCACAAGCGCGACCAAAUUCUCUAUGAUUGGACAGCCGAUAGACAAACCAAAGAUGCCGGGUCUGACGCAACCCUUAAAAAAAGGUGAAGUGUCAGGAUUAAGGCGGGAAAACAAGAUGGCGGUGCCGAUACCGAUUGUAAUGCUCUUGUUCGCGGUUAUAGUGCGAUUGAUCUGGAUUUUCUUAUAAUGUUAUUGUAAAUAUACUGUUACAUAGAUUUUAUUUAGUAAUAAAAUAUUUUUGU